CCAUCAUGAAGAACUAGGGCCUGUUUCAUAUUCAUUUGUGCUCUGCCCACUUUUGAUGGCUGCAGGACUCGCAGCUCCAACCAGGUCAUGAAGAUGCCACCAUGUUCCUUUCUUUAGGGGCCAGAAUGAUCUUCACUCUUUUUCCUCCAUGACCCAUCUGCCACAUGGCGCCUGCAAUUCUGCAGGCGAUCGAAUUUCAUCACAUCGUCUGAUUCCGGCACGUUGGCGCUGAUUCGAUCUCCACCGCCUGGCGCGAAACGCCGUCUAGGUGUUUAAGCGGGUAAGAAUUUGGGGAAGAAUUCAGCAGAACCAACCAACGACGAACGAACGACACAGAAUGGAGGACGGUGUCAGGAAGCGCCUACGAGCUGACGAACCCCAGUCCCUAUCAUCCUUCGACGAAACAUCGCCCUCUAAACGAACCAGAGCCAGAAUUGUCCCCACUUAUCGCAAUGACGAUAAGGGCCUGUCGACGAGUUCAUCCGCUGCAGAGCAUGACGGCGCAAAGAAGCCGGAGAACCCCCGCAAGAUAGCCUCCACAUCUAGCGAAAGCGAGGACGACGACGAAGAUGAUGAUUACACUUCCUCCUCUGGCUCCGACGACGACAGCGACAGCGAUGGAGACGGGGAAGAUGAGGAUCAAGAAGCCGACUAUAGUUCCGACCAGGCAUCCCGUGCAGGUUCUUCGCUACCGCGCAUUCCGGCUCAACAGAAACCUCGGAUACACCGCAUGACAAAGGAACCGGAUCUUCUCUCCCGACUUUCUGCAUUUCUGCCGAAGCUGAAGAGUGCCAAUGAGGAUCUACAACGAGAGAUAGCCGCGGGAAGAGGGAAAGAUCUUCAACUAGACGAAGUGGAGAACCAGGAGGGCCAAUACAUUGAAAUGAACCUCGGACUAGGCGUUUUGGAAGAGAAACAUGCUGACGGCAGUACCUCUACUGACGAGGAGAUCGGCGACGGUCGAGAAUCUGCAAACGAUGAAGAUGCCGCAGAAUUGGAUACUAAAUUGCAGAAAGACUCCGAUAUUUUGGAUAAACUGAUGGGCAAGAAGAAAUCUUCGGAUCAAAAGCCCACGAUUCAAGAAUUGACUGAGCCACGAUCUUCUUAGUACAUUGCAUAGGCCUGGCGUUGACGGAUAUUUCGGAUUUGCUAUUACCAAAUUCAGAUGGCUCCGUGUUCUUGACGACCAAAAACCAUUUUUUCCGCUCAUUCAUUUGAUGUAGAAGUCAAUCUUUCUGAAUGUAUCUAACAAUCAGUGAGUCAUUUAUGCACAUUCACAGGUAUAAUAUUCUGGCAAGGUUCUGUGAACCGGACAGCAGUCGGCCGCAAAGAACAACAAAUCAGUGGUCUAAUACAUC